AGGGAGCAGACUAGCAAUCCAGCAGAGCACUUUCACUUUAGAGCGGAGUGAGGACACACAGAGUGGCCAGAGGGAGAGAUAGAGAGAAGAGGAGGCCAGUGUUGCUCCCGCAUUAUCCAUUAACCAGGGAGAGAGGAGUGGUUCAAAUUCAGGAAGAUUCUAGGUCAGUAGUGAGAGGGAGAAAGGGAAACAUAGUAAAAAACAAAAGCUUUCAUAGGGAAAGACUGCAGCCACUCAGGCUUAAGUGGGAAAAUCCAAAGUGAGAGAGCAGGAUGGCGUGAGAGGAUAAAUGAGGCAUUUAUUGGAAAGUACCAAAAGGACUCCAAAGAAAGGAAUGUAUAAGGGAUGUCAACAAGAGGACUGAAUAUCAGACGGUGAAGGAGAAGCGCGCUCUGUGUCAAAGACCUUUAGAAACCACAGAGGAGGAAACUUUUGCCUUUCACAGACCGACACAGGAACCCGUCUGCAGAGUGUUUGCCAUCAACAAGAGAAAUGGAGAAGCGUCCAUUCUUAGAAAGAUAAAAGGAUGUCACUGCCAGUUGUGCUGUUGCUAUCACUCUUGACUGUCCGAUGUGGUGGAUGUGACUUUGACUGGGAAGGUGUGAAAAACAUUAAAACGACCAUCGACGCUAGUCGGACUGGAUUUCGGACAGUGUUUCCUAAAGAUUACUAUGUAGUGCACCGCUACACAAAAAGCAUGCUCUGUGACAGUGAUCCGUGUUGUGUGUUCCCUGCUGCGAUAGUCCUCCUGGAGUCCUGGCAUGUGCUUCUCGGAAACAUCUGGGAUGAGCACCUUAAUCACUCCUUAAUCCUCGAUCUAAAGCAGACACUGGAUAAAAUCAUAAAAAAGAACAGAAAUACAGAGAGGUACCAGGAGGAGACGGACCUGGCCCAAUUCACCACAUUAUCUUCCUCCCCUGAAGAACUCCUGAAGCUAACAUCAGAACUUCUCGCUCGAUGGCUCGAGGUCGGGUGCUUGCCUUUGAUUGAAACCUGCACCCUGCCCACUUUCCCCCCAUCCCCUGUUGAGAGGAAGGACUAUGGGCCGUCGAGGGCCAGACUCUUGACGACCCGAGCCAUCAGCAGUGAGGAGGAGGAGGGACUGCCCGACACGUUGAUAGACAUUACAUAUCCUCCAUACAGCGGUGGUCCUCCAUCCCUUUCAUAUUCCGCUUCUGUCUGGAGCCCCUUGCUAUUCAGACUCUACUGGUGGUUGUUGCCAUAGUUACCGAAAAGGAUCUACUUUUUUUUUUUUGAUGAUGAUGCACACAAAAUGCAAGACAUUUCCUGGCACUGAAUGUUUAUUUUCUUUAUAUUUGUGUUUUUAAUGCAGCAAGCUUUGUUAAUAUGAAGUGACAUGCACCGGUUGCAUUUAAUGUCCAAAGUUAGUUCACGUAGUGCUCUGUAACCACUGAUAUCACCGAUGCAUGUAAACGUAUAGCCAUCAAGCUCCAGCUAGAUAUGCUCUUCAUGCUAACCAGAGAUAAAUGCCGAGCAAGCCAAUGUGCAUAAGCCAUCGUCUAUUGAUGUGGAAUUCAUCACCGUUUACAAUGAAUGUUAUGUAAAUGUAAGAUAUUACCGUCUAUGGGCGUUUACUUUUGUACAUAAUGUAAAUUAAAGACAUUUAGAUAUAUAUAUAUAUAUAUACAUUGUUAGUUUUUGAUAUAGUAUCGAUAUAAGGGUUCUAAGUUAUAUUUAUUGUGGUCUUUGCUGUUUGUCAUCAGUGAUGGAAAGUAACCAACUACAUUUAAUCAAGUAAUGUACAAUUUUGAGGUACUUGUACAGUGCAUACUUUACUGGAGUAUUUCCAUUUUAUGCUACUUUACAUUUCUACUCCGUUCAAUUUCAGAGGAAAAUAUUAUACUUUUUACACCACUUACUUUACAGAUAUGAUGUCUUGUUAUAAAUUAAACUACCCAGCAGUUUAUUAAAGAGGAUCUAUUAUGCUUAUUUUCAGGUG